AGAACUCCGCCGCGUGUUAUAAAGACCUUUGUGGGAGUAAAACUACAGUUCCCUCUGCGCUCCUCGAAGGUGUUAGUUGUCAAUAUGGCUGUUGUCAGACAGACAAAGCGGAGAGGCAAAUAAUUCGCCUCUGAUUAGAAAUCCUUGGAAAAGGGUCGUGCAGGGCACUGCCAUCAAACUGCGUUAUAAUUCGGCAGCAGUAAAAGACACCGCUUGGCUUGUGCGUUACUUUUAAAGUUAAAUGGUGAAGUGGACUAUUUGAACCGAGCAGCAGCAGGAUGUCCGACUUCAGCGAGGAGCCGCGCUUCACCAUCGAGCAGAUAGACCUGCUGCAGCGGCUGCGUCGCACCGGCAUGACGAAGCAGGAGAUCCUGCACGCGCUCGACACUCUGGACCGGCUGGACCGGGAGCACGGCGACAAGUUCGGCCACCGCACCUCUUCCUCCUCCUCCUCCUCGUCCACCUACCUCGUAGGCGGGGCCAACAGCUCCGCCGCCAAAACGACCGCCACAUCCUUCAACAAUAACGCCACUGCCUCGGCAACAACCACCACCACCUCCUCCUCUGCGACGUGCAACGGCGGUGAAGGUGGYGACCACUCCUCCUCCUCCCUCGUCGUCGCCGCCGCCGUCGCCUCGUCCACCACCUCCAAAAUCUCCACGGCCACGCAAACACAGUUCAACAACAGCGGUGGGGGGCUGUCCCCGUCGCCCAGCAACAGCUACGACACGUCCCCGCCCCCGGGGCCGCCACCGCCCUCGGCCGUGCUGCCGUCGCCCGUGGCGCUGGUGGCGCUGUCGCAGAACGGGCGGGACAGCCUGGCGGCCACGCCCAACGGGAAACUGUCCCCGCCUCGCUACCCGGUGAACAGCGCAGCGGCGUCCAGGGCGUUCGGCUUCGAAGCUGCAGAAGAAGACCUGGACGUGGAUGACAAGGUGGAGGAGCUGAUGAGAAGAGACAGCAGUCUGGUGAAAGAAGAGAUCAAAGCUUUCCUGGGGAACCGGAGGAUUUCUCAGGCUGUCGUGGCUCAAGUGACCGGCAUCAGCCAGAGCAGGAUCUCCCAUUGGCUGCUGCAGCACGGCUCCGACCUGAGCGAGCAGAAGAAGAGGGCUUUCUACCGCUGGUACAUCCUGGAGAAAACCACGCCAGGUGCCACUCUGAACAUGAGGCCAGCGCCGCUGCCUCUGGAGGAGAUGGAGUGGAGGCAAACCCCGCCGCCCCUCGCCACCGCCCCCGGAACCUUCCGGCUGCGCCGGGGAAGCCGCUUCACCUGGAGGAAGGAGUGCCUGGCUGUGAUGGAGAGCUACUUCAAUGACAACCAGUACCCAGAUGAAGCCAAAAGAGAGGAGAUAGCCAACGCCUGCAAUGCUGUUAUUCAGAAACCAGGGAAGAAGCUGUCUGAUCUGGAGAGGGUGACCUCCCUGAAAGUCUACAACUGGUUCGCUAACCGGCGCAAGGAGAUCAAGAGACGAGCUAAUAUUGAAGCAACAAUCCUAGAGAGUCAUGGGAUAGACGUUCAGAGUCCGGGUGGACACUCCAACAGCGACGACAUCGAUGGGAAUGACUUUGCAGAGCAGGCCUGCGACCUGCCCUACUUCGACAAGAGACCUCUCAGCCGACCGUUUGGCCUUUACCGCCUGGAGCCCACCUCACCUACACAGGACGACAGCGCGGCUCACAACGAGCAUCAGGACCCCAUCUCUCUGGCCGUGGAGAUGGCUGCCGUCAACCACACCAUCUUGGCGCUGUCCAGAACCGGAGGCGUGCCCAGCGACAUCAAGACCGAGUCCCUGGAGGAUGAAUGAAGCGCUCAGGAACCGGGACGGAGCGAGAGAACAAAGCCCAGUCGAGACGGGGGACGACGGGGAGCGUUUAAAAAGACAAAAAGAGGAAAAAAAAAAAGACCAAAAUAAUCUUAGUAAAAUUGUCUCCGCUCCUCCCAGAACUUCCAUGUAAAACAGUGAUUACCCCCAACACUCCUCCCCCCUCCUCACCCUAUUCUACUCACUAUACCGACCCAGCUGGCAGACAUUGCUACUGUAGGCUUUGUGACAGAAGAAGCAGCAGCCAGUUGUGAACCUCCCGCCUAACGGUGGCUCCUCUCUGGGACCGGGUCUCCCAGGAACUCCUCUCCCUUCCCAAAACAGGAUACCUCUUCUUCUUCUUCUUCUUCAGUUUUUCUCUCCUCUUCCUUCCCUCAGCAGCCUGGUUGUCUGAGCCGAUCCUCAGUCUCUCACCUCAACCUCAGAGAAAAAAAAAAAAACGACGCACUGUGUAUAUAUAGCGGACUUCUAAAGGUUCUCAGUCACCCUCACCUCAUGACAUACUACCUACACCCUCAGAUUCACCUCUUCUCAGUGCAGAGCAUUAGAAGAGGAGCCGUCCGCUGAUGAAGAGCGCUUCCUCCUCUUCCUCUCCGGCCGCAAGGCGAUCGGCUGGGAUCGUUUGACCCUCGGCGCGGGUCCGGUCAGUCUCUUACCGAGGUUCUGCUUUCCUUUCUCUCGCAGUUGCGCUGCUACAUUCGAUUGACGCCUAACCAACUUUGCAAGAUGUCUGUUAAGAAGUAGCCUUACCUCCCCUCAGCUGGUUCUUCAUAUCCCACCGUUCCAAAGUGCACAAACAAAAUCUGCACAGUUCAAGUUUCUACCCAACAGCAGCUGCAGCAGGGUUUUUAUUUGUAAUCUCUUAUGUUAAACUCCCCUCAGAGUCGUUGAGGAUGAAUCAACCUCCCUUAGAUGUCCAGUAAGGGAACAGUUGCUUUGUUUUCCAUGUCAUCCAUGCCAAAGGAAGUGGCUCUGUGCUGAGUGAACCCAAAGCGACCUCUAACUCCUUUGGUGUCGAUUCCUCCUCAGUGUUCAGUGAAGCCUCUCCAGCUGCGGUAGGCUCCACACUACAGCAGGCCUGUGUCUGGACUGGUAGGUAUUGGCAGGCACUUAUAUUAUACCCCUAAGCUAUUUACUACUUCUGUGACGCUGCCUACUUCUUUAUAAUGAUAAUAAUGUAAGCUAUGUGCUUUGUUUUUGUUUGUUUUUUUAUACAGCAGAUAUUAAAUUAGACUGAAUUCACACUGGAGAUAAAUAUCAAAGAACUCUACAAACGUCUGUUUUUUUUUUUUUUUCUAUUUCACCUAUAAAUAACCUCAAAGGGAAACAUUGAAGGGAAUCAGUCACUUCAGGUGUCUUGGUUUCUUCUUGUCCUAAAUGAAAGUUCUCCAAAACCCUGGCUGGAGAUGAACCUAGCUUCGUCUCUACUUUAGAUGCAUUAUAUUGUGGCAAGAAGUCAGGGAAAACCGCUAGCCUGACAUUGUCCAGAAAUUGCUCUUAGUGUUGAUAAAUGAUUGGGUUGUCCAAAGGACAGGAAGUGGUGCAAAAGUUCCCAUGAUUGAUGGUUUGAGUCUCUACAGUACGGUUUAGCCUCCAUCGUUCACUGCACCACAGCUCCAUCUUGGGGUUCAAAUGGAGUUGGUAAAUUCCUACUUCCUGGUUGGGGAAGAAAAAAAAAAAAGAAAAAAAACGGCACCUCCCUCUGAAGUCAGAUUUUCUACUGGGAAACUAGGAGCAACUCCAACUACCCAAAGUUAUGACUUAUAAGGUUGACUUUGAAUUUAAAUACGGCCACUCUCUGUUUAUUUUCCAAGACACACAAGUAAGGGUGUGUGUAAAAUCAGUGCUACACGUGGUGCCUGUGACUACAACCUGAACAAAUGAAAAGCAGUGUUUUGCUUAUGGAAAGUAAAGCUUAAAACGUUUGUAAAAAUAUACUGUAGUCUGUGGCAUCGCCAUGUUGAAAUUCCAAAUUUUUUUUUUAAACUCGGGUCUGAUGUUAAAACCGACUCUGUUAUGUCUGACGUAACUGGAAUACAGCAUAACAACGGAUUGUAUGUAAAACUGAACCCAGUAAUCGGGUAAGUUAAGCCAAUGUAGCCCUCAUGGCUCCCUUAUCCUAGUCGUGUUGGUUGCCGGCUCUCUCCUUUUGAGUUGAACCUCAAGUUUUCCCUAUAUUUACCCAUUGGAUAUGUCCCACCCAUGCACUGGGUAAAAAAAAAAAAAACCAACUCGGCAAGUUGGAAUAAAAAAAUAUACACAAAUUGAGAGAAAAUAUUACUUUUGUGCAAGAAAAUGUCAGAUAAUGCUCAUUUACAGUUUUUAACUCCACAUGGCAACAUUCUUUGACGUGGGACGUUUAUAUUUUUGUUCAGAGUACUUUUUUUUUUUUUUUUUUAAGGAAAAUUGAGCACGUUUUAAAUGGCGCACCCAUUCAAAAUCCUCCCAUAGAAUCAAACUGGUGUCAGUGGCUCCAUUUGUAGGAUUACAUUAGACUUUAAUGCAUCAUUGGAACUUUCCAGCUUCUCAUCCAAGUUAGUCAGCCAUGGCUCAUUGAAAACUUGUAAUUGCUUAGGUAGCCUCAGACAUGUAGGGGCUGUGGUGGCAUCCACCGUUUCCCAUGAGUUGCAGCGCUAAAGAAAACACAAAAUGUCUUCAUGGUGGUAUUUGAUCCAGUAUUGAAAUAGUUGAAGCAGCAGAUUCAACCAUUUAGAGCCCUGUAAUGGGCUCUAAACAAAAACCACUUGGUAAGCGCUGCUAAGCUAAUAUUCACACAUUGUUUUUGUAUUCAUCUUGUUCUCAGACUUUAAUACUGACCAAGAAGAAGAUGUAAAUCAUUAGAUUUACACAAGUCUAACACCCUAACAUUAGCUGGGUCAUUAGUUAGGCUAUCUGCUGAGGUAGCUAGCAGGGGUUGACAAUUACAGGUUUUAAACUUAACUUUUGUAAGAGUGGUUGAUGUCACUCCUCUAGUUUUUACACAAACACUGAAUUCAGCAGAAUACAGUUGGAGAUCUUGAAAGGUGAGGCUACGCUAUGCUAGGCUAGAUCAAACAUGUUAACUCAAAAGAUUUAAAAACUCAGUCUUUCCUGUUAGUCUAUUCUGCUUUGGAUAUCUUUGAUGUAAAAAUCAUGUUCAUUUUUGUAUGAAGAUAUACAGCUAAUAUUUUCUGUAUGGGGAAAAAAAUGUCAACUUUGUCAAACUUUAACUGCUCUUGGGGGCCCCCUAUAGGAUCCGGAGAGGCUAUGCAGAUGCUUAUGUCGGUUUGCCUUGAGCUCACAAUUCAAGAUGCAAAGUGAGGAGAUAUUUUUGGACAAAGUCAGGCUAGCUGUGCGUUUCCCCGCCUUUAUGCUACCAUUCUACCUUCAUGUUAAGCAGAGUCAUGCCAAUACUUUUUACCAAAAAAAAAAAAGUGAAUAAAAUUUUUAGACCACAUGCAAGACUGUCCAAUGGUUUUGGAGAACUGAAAAAACAGAACUGAAAAAAACCUCAUGGCAGGAAAACAUUUCUUGUGAUUCUUAAUAUCUAAAAUGAUUUGAUGUUUGAUGAACCAGGUUACAUGUUACAACACUAAAAGUGUAACUUUUUUUUUUUUUUUGAAAUACACCUCAUGCUCAUAACUCCCCAUGCUGGGUUCUGCUUUAGAAAAGCUAAUCAACAGCUUCCGCUUGUAAGAAGCUAAAAAACAAAACAGGUUUUUAAAGGAAGUGGUAAAAAAAAAAAAGUAUGUAUUUAUGCUAAUUUUUUUAAUGGUAAUGUACAAAGACGAAUGACAUGCUUUGAAAUGAAAUGUGCUUUAUAGUUAAAUUAAUGCUCUUUCAUUUUACCAAACUUAUUUUUCUAUUAUCGUUUUAGCAUUUAGCUGUCCUCCAUUGUCCGACUGAGCAACAGUUUCAUGAAAAGGCCAACAAAGAUGCACCUUAUGAAAAGUAUUGAUGAGUAAGCUUGAACUGUAACCUCCACCAGUGUACUACAAUACAGUUAUACACACGGUAGGGCUGGUGUAGCAUUAACACGUCACACAUAGUAUUCCAGCUGUGAUGGAUGUCAGUGUCUACACACUAACCAGAUCGGUUGAGGUUAAUGAAGGGAGGAAUACUGCAGAGUGCGUUCAGAGAUUUUUCUCUCAAUAACUCAUAUUCAGAUGUCUGCCUUGAACUUUGACAUGCCAUGAUCUGUCAAAUUACUGGUUUGUGAGAGUGUGUGUGUGUGUGUGUGUGUGCGUGCGCGCGUGUGUGUGGUGGACGCUUACCAGAACGGAGGCGUCCUCUUACGGUGUGGCUACGUGUCGGUCAAUGUCUUCAAGUGAAAUGCCACCCGGUUCAUCCCACUAUCACUUAGGAACAGAGGACUGAAUGCUGUCGUAUCAAUCACAAAUAUAGUUAAGUUCAAAAUUACUGUAUUGCCCAUUUCAGAAUUUAGUGCCUUUUUUGGACAGUAGACUGUUCUGUAAUUAAGAUGUAGUAUAUAAACAUUUUUUGUACAGUU